GUCACCUUUAAAGUCUCUAAAAAAUCGUUUAUCUAAUUCUUCGAAUGCACGACUCUCAACAAACAAACAAACGACCAGCCCAGCAAGACCACAGUCAUCAAGUCAUGGGUCAAGGCAUCAUCAACUUAAGCCACGUGUAUCCAAUAUCAAAAACAAUUCACAAGAAGAUGACGAAGAUGAUGACGUUCCAUUGGGUCUUUAUAAAACGGGACGUCUCACAAAAUGA